UAGCCUGCUGCGCGCUCCCGGGACCAUGUCGCCAUUUUGAUUCGAAAAAAUAUGACUGAGUUUUUCCUGCUUUGCAUGCUAAACUUAGACCCGUUUAUACAUGAUUCCGUGUGUUAAGUACACACCGUAAGUAGGUUGAUCUCCAGAAGCGGGGGCCGAGCUGUCCGGUGUUAGGGUAACCAGCACGCCACCAGAGAACAUUAAGAGUAAGGUUAGCUUAGCUUUAAGUUAGCGCGUGCUGUCGCAGACUGACCCCUUCAAAACAAAACACAUACCGCUAGCUGCUAGCCGCUAGCGAGCUAGCACUAACUUAGUACCGCUUCGCCCGACCACCGGCUCAUCCACCAAGGGCGACGAGUGCCACAACCGUGGGAGACAGUCUGACUGUAAGGUUAUGGUGAGCCCUGCGCCGAGUCGUCUUCUAACGAGGCCUACGUUCUGAGCGGAGCCCCAUGCUGAUAAAUGCCGGGCCUCGCCACACUCUCUGCCGUCUGCACAAACACCGAUGCCUGCCUGCCCGCGCGGGAGGUGUGAAUAAAGAGACCCACGUUUCAGCCACUGGGCCGUGCCCCCCGCCCCGGCGGCCGCCGCCACCACCGCCGCCACCAUGUUCUGGAAGUUCGACCUGCACACCACCUCCCACAUCGACCAGCUGCUGGACCGGGAGGACGUGACGCUGCGGGAGCUGAUGGAGGAGGACGACGUGCUGCAGGAGUGCAAGGCCCAGAACCGCCGCCUGCUGCUCUUCCUCUCCCAGGACCACUGCAUGCAGGAGCUGGUGGAGCUCAUCACCACCGAGCCGCCCGUCGAGCUGGAGGAGCGCAGCCGCUUCAAGUUCCCCAACAUCGCCUGUGAGCUCCUCACCGCCGACGUGUCCAUCAUCAACGACAAGCUGGGCGGGGACGAGUCUCUCCUGGAGAUGCUCUACCACUUCCUGGAGCAGGGCCAGCCCCUUAACCCCCUACUGGCCAGCUUCUUCAGCAAGACCAUCGGUAAUCUCAUUGCCAGGAAAACAGAACAGGUAAUUUCCUUCCUGAGGAAAAAAGAAGGCUUCAUCGGCCUGGUGCUGAAUCACAUCGACGCGUCGGCCAUGAUGGAUCUACUGCUGCGCCUCAUCAGCUGCGUGGAGCCCGCCCCCUUGAGGCAGGAGGUCCUCGUGUGGCUGAAUGAGGAGAAGCUGAUCCAGAGGCUCAUAGAGCUCAUCUAUACGGGCAAAGAUGAGGAGAGACAAUCGAACGCGUCCCAGACGCUCUGCGACAUCAUCCGCCUUAGCAGAGACCAGGCCAAUCAGAUGCAGGAGAACGUCGAGCCCGACCCGCUGCUGGCCGUGCUGGAGUCUCAGGACAGUGUGGCCGGGCUCCUCAAGUCCAUGUUCGAGGGCGACCGCAACGAGGCGGGCAUCGUCAACGGAACUCAAGUGCUCCUCACCUUGCUGGAGACCAGGAGGUCAGGGUUGGAAGGGCUGAUGGAGCUCUACUCUCAGGGUUACGAAAGGUCUUACACUGUCAACAGCAGUAUUUUACACGCCAUUGAGCCCCAUCUAAAGGACUUCCACCAGCUUCUCCUGGACCCCCCCAAGAAAAGUGCAAUAUUGACGACGGUGGGCCUCCUGGAGGAGCCGCUGGGCAACGCCCGGCUCCACGUAGCGCGCCUGGUGGCCGCCCUGCUGCAGACCAACUCCCCCAGCGUCUGCAUGGAGCUCUGUCGGCUGUCCUCCAUGGACCUACUACUGGAUCUGUUCUUCAAGUAUUCCUGGAACAACUUUUUGCACUUCCAAGUGGAGCUGUGCGUAGCGUCCGUCCUGAACCACCCGUCGGGGGAGGACCGGCCCAACGUGGGCCUGCAGAACCAUAGCGAGCCCCCCCCCGCCACCGCCGCCGCUGCCCUGCCCGAGCCCCCGGCCCAGGAGGACGGAGGGGAGCCGGCCAAGCCCGCCGACCCUGAGGGCUCCAUCCACAGCACACUGGUGUCCCAUCUCUUCCAGACGUGUCGGUUGGUGCAGAGGAUUCUGGAAGCCUGGGAGCAGAACGAUAAAAUACAAUCCGAGGGCGGAGCUAGGAGAGGCAACAUGGGUCACCUGACCAGGAUAUCCAACAUGGUGGUCCAGAAUCUGGAGAAGGGCCCGGUCCAGAUCCAGAUGGCCGACCUCAUCAAAGGAGGUGACUCUGAGUCUGCGUCGCCGAGCGCGCAGGCGUCUAGUGUCUCCUGUCCUGCAGAGCUGCCCGACGACUGCAGGGGGCGCUGGGAGAGCUUUGUGGACGGCACCCUGCGGGAGACCAACCGGAGGAACACUGUGGACCUGGUGAGCACCCACAACAUGCACUCCUCCAGCGAGGACGACGACAUGGAGAGCCCCUUCCCCAACGACCUCUCGCUCCAGCAGGCGUUCUCCGACUACCAGAUCCAGCAGAUGACCGCCAACUUUGUGGAUCAGUUCGGCUUCAACGACGAGGAGUUCAGCGAGCACGACGAGAACAUCAAUGCUACGUUUGACCGAAUUGCCGAAAUCAAUUUCAAUCUAGAUGCUGACGAUAAUAGUGCCAACUCGGCCGCGUUCGAGGCGUGCUGUAAAGAGAGGAUACGCCAGUUCGACGACGCGGACGAGGAGGAGGACAUCUGGGAGGACAAGGAGAUCAACUAUGCAACGCAAGCAAAGUCCAGAACGAGGUUCGGGGUGUCCAGCACAACGGAGGGCAGCUCCAGGGGCAGCCUGGAGAACGGGGGCGACCGGGACAUGGGCUCCGGGUCGGGCUCGGACGAAGAGGAGGAGGAGGAGGUGGAAGAGGAGGUGGAAGAGGAGGAGGAGGAGGAGGAGUCCACGCAGACGCAGCAUCAGGAGCAGCAGCAGCAGCUCUCAGACGCAGCUCCGAGCUGGACGGCCAGCUUCGGGGAGGCGGGGGGCCCCGCGACGACGUCCCCGUCCCCGGUGGGCUGGGAGGCAGCGGGGGGGAGCCCGGGAGACUCUCAGCAGGGGACCGGCUGGGCCAACUUCACCCAGUUCCAGCCCUUCUGCGGCCAGGCUGGCCCUAGGUGCAGCUCUCCUGUGGACUCGGGAGUCGCAGACAAAGAAGCCAAACACAACCAGGACAAGAGCGGACCUGCUGCUGCUGCUACUGGUGAGGGAGCGGCGCCAAAGCCCCCCCCCGCCGCGUCGGACAGCAGCCCCCCCCCAGCCUCCGUCGGCGUGGCGGGAGACACGGCGACGGCGGCGGCGACCGUCGCCAUGGUAACGGAAGACGCUGCCGCCCCGACCGACGAGCAGAAAGACCUCAAGAGUGAGGAGAGCCCCCUCUCCCUGGAGAAGCUCUCCCUGGCGGACCCCCCUGUGAUGGCCGCUGAGCAGCCGUGUUCUGCCGCCGCGCCGCCGAGCGCGCAGGCCGACAGGAAGGAGGACCCCAAGCCGGCCGAGGUGUCCGUGAACGGGCCCGUCUGAGAGCGCGCCCGGAGGUACGCCACCCGCCCCGCCCCACCGUCUCCCCCAUCCCUCCCCCCGUCCCCACCACCCCCGUCCCGGAGGUCUGGCCGCGUCCUGGACCCCCGGACCGGGUCGGAGCGCGUCCCGGGUCAGACCCCGACCCGGGAGGAGGAGGAGGAGGAGGAGGAGGAGGGGGGGG